AUGAGUUCCAAGAAUCCAAGAAGAUCAUCUAUUUUGAAACCAACGAAAGCUCGAAAUCCUCUUUCUGAUUUAAGCAGCAAAGAAGAUCCUUGUAAACAAAGUAAUGCCAGAUCAAAACGAGUUAGUUUUGCAACAAAUAAUUCUGUCAAACCUUUUACCGUUGAUCCAGAAAAAGCAACAAUUUGGGAUUCAACUUAUGAAGAAUCUAUUGAAGCUUUUCAGGCCUCAGAUAUCAACAGUGAAAAUUACACGAAAUCAUCUCACCAAAACACAAUUUCAGAUGAGAAAUAUCAAUCCACAAAAAAUGAUGCCAAUGUUAAAUCUGGAAUUCAAGUUGAAUUUUCUCCAAUUCCUCAACCCAAUAUAUUGGAUAGUGUUUAUACACUUCCUUCAAAACCUAUAAUAAACCGACAUCCGUAUGCAAACAAUGUUUUGGAAAUAUCUCCAUCAUUAACAGAACCAACUCCAAGUAUUCUUGGUAAAAGAUCUGUAUCAGCAACAUUUUGUGAAAUCGGUGAUGAAAAUAAACCACCAAAAAUGAAUCCUGAUUUAGCUAGUAAAAUAGAAAAUUUAUUAAAUCGAAAUAAACCGGCCGUUUUUAAUAAUACUUCAAAUUUUAUGCAAAUGACUAAAGUGACAUCUGAAGUAAUUUGUAUAGCAAACGAUAUUUCCAGUACAAGUGAAGAUAUGGAAUUAACAGAUUCGAACAUUAUAUCAGAUAUAAAAAUUUUAGAAGUGGAAAAAAAAGUUGACGAGAAAACGAUUCAUUUUAAUGAACAUACAGAUAUUAAUGGCAUGGACUUUACGACGUGUAUUUCUACGCAAAAGAUAAAAUCGGAAAAUAAAACUAUAAAUUUUAAAGAACAGGCAGACUCUGAUGAUUUGGAAUUAACUACCUGUUUUCCAAAACUUGAUGAAAAUAAAACACUCAAUUUUAAAAAGCAGGCAGUUAUUGGUUGUAAUUUUGCUGAAAACAAAACAAUUAAUUUUAAAGAACAAACAGGAAUUAAUGAUAUGGAUUUUACUAAAUGCGUUCCAACGAAAAAUUCAAAUGAACCGGAUAAUACAAUCAAUUUCAAAGAACAAACAGGUGUUGAUAAAAUGGAUUUAACUACUUGUGUAUCUUCGAAAAAUCCUACCAAAAAUAAAACAAUAAAUUUCAAAGAACAAUCUGGUUUAAAUGAUAUGGAGUUAACUACAUGUGUAUCUACGAAAAAUGUAAAACGUACCGAAGAUAAAACAAUAAAUUUCAAAGAACAGAAUGGAAAUGAUGACAUGGAAUUUACUACGUGUGAACAAACUGGAAUUGAUAAUAUGGAAUUUACUACUUGUUUUCCUGCGAAAAAUACAAAAUUUACCGAAGAUAAAACAAUAAAUUUUAAAGAACACACUGGAAUUAGCGGUAUGGAUUUUACUACUUGUGUUUCUACGGAAAAUAAAAAAUGUAGCAAAGAUAAAACAAUAAAUUUUAAAGAACACACUGGAAUUAGCGGUAUGGAUUUUACUACUUGUGUUUCUACGGAAAAUAAAAAAUGCAGCGAAGAUAGAACAAUAAAUUUCAAAGAACAAACAGGAAUUGAUAAUAUGGAAUUCCCUACCUGUGUUCCCACAAAAAAUUCAAAACGCAUCGCAGAUAAAACAUUAAAUUGCAAAGAGAAAAAGACACUCAUGAAUGAUAUGGAAUUUACUUCGUACGGUUCUACGGAAAACACAAGACCGAAAGAUAAAACAAUAAAUUUCAAAGAACAGUUGGGUAAUGAUGAUAUGGAUUUUACUACGUGUAUUUCUACGGAAAACACAAGACGUACCGAAGAUAAAACAAUAAAUUUCAAAGAACAGGUGGGUAAUGAUGGUAUGGAAUUUACUACGUGUGUUUCUUCAAAAGAUUUAAAACGUAACGAAGAUAAAACAUUUAAUUUUAAAGAUCAAACAGGUGUAGAUGGUAUGGAAUUAACUUGUUGUGUUCCUGUAAAAAGUAUAUUUCUUGCUGAAGAUAAAACAAUAAAUUUUAAAGAACAAACUAGUAAAGCCAGCAUGGAAUUUACAACGUGUGUUUCUGCGAAUAAUACAAAGCAUUCUGAGAAAACAAUUAAUUUUAAAGAACAGGUUGGUUUUGAUAGUAUGGAUUUUACUAGAUGCAUUUCUGCGAAAAAUACAAAUCAAUCAACAGAUAAAACACUCAAUUUAAAUAGACAGUCUGAUGUUGAUGGUAUGCAAUUAAUGACCAACGUUUCUACAAUAAUUGUAACUGAACCAGCAGAGAAAAUAUUUUAUUCCAAGGAAAAGCCUUUUGGUAACGGUACGGAAUUAAUUACUUGCGUUCCUAUAAAAAAUAAAAUUCAUACUGAAGAAAUUGCAGAUAUUGAUGAUACGGAAUUUACAAUUCACAACAAUAGUAAAAAUCUUCAAAAAGAACAGACAAAUAUUAAUAGCAUGGAAUUUGCAUCGUGUGUUUCUACAAAAAAUGAAAAUCAAACCGAAGAUGAAAUAAUUAAUUUUACGAAACAGGCGAAUGUUGAUGGUAUUGAAUCGAUUAUGCCUGUUUACAGAAAUAAUAAAAAUCUUACAGAAAAUCCAGACAUUGAUAUUGAUAACUGUGUUCGUAUUAAAGAUAAAUCAAUCAGUUGUAACGAAAUGAAUUUACUUCCUCACGCAAAAGAUAAAAUACAAAUGUUGCAGUUUUUGCACCCAAAAGAAAAAACUGUUGGAAUUAAUUUAAGUGAUGAACUUGAUGCUGCACCUAGCAUUAGCAUAAUAAAUAAUGAGUCAAACAACGUUGUAAUAGCAUCAAGUUGUAGAGAUCGAAAAACUAUACUGUGUAGUAAUGAACUAUCAGGAGUAGCUAGUAUAGAGCAAAGCGAAACUUAUUCAAAAAUAGUAUCUUAUACUGAAAUAAAUAAAACAAAACCUAUAUACGAUGAUAUAUCCAUAAAUACAAUGAAUUUAAUAUGCCCAACAAUUACUUCGGUGACAAACUUAUCGAAACCUCCUGAAAAGAGUAACAAUGUUGAAGAAUCGGUUAUAAAUAUAUCCGAUACACUAAUAUUAUCAAAAUCAAAGCACGAUAAUUUUUCUACGGGGGAUUUAGAAAGUACACAAGCACUUAUUAAUGCAAAAACUCCGUUAUAUGACAUAUGGAAAACUCAUUCACAAAAUAGUGUAAAUUCAUUGAAAAGCAAUUUCAUUUCCAAUAAUCAUACUCAAUCCAAAACCAAUGAAUCAUUAAAUAUAUUGAAAAAUGUUUCAGAAGAACAUUCGGAAAAUUUGAAUUGUGAAUCAUUAAACACAUCGUUAAAACGGAAAGUACAAAUUGUACAACAUACUGAAAAUAAACGUGUUUGUCCAUCAGAAUCUAAUGAUUUGAAUGACGUAAUUGAAGUAAGUUCAUCAGACACAAUUGAAAAUGCAUCUUGUAAUUUUCUAGACUCAGUUGAGGCAAAUACAACCUUGCAAAAUGAAGAAUCAUUUGUUGAGAAAAAUGCAUCGAUUGACAGAGCAAUAAAUGUAGCUUCAGAAAAUUUUGAAAGAACUAUUAUGAAUAUUAGUUCUAAAACCAAUUCAAUUACGCAACCUGACGAAAAUAGUAGUAUAUUAAUGAAUAUUACUGAUCAUUAUUUAUUGAAUAUGACGUUUCAAGAGCAAUUAGAAAGGAAGUUGCAACAGAUAGAACGUAGAAGAUCUAGUAUAAUUCCUUUGUGCAAUAAACCGUCUACAUUACCGGCAUCUCAAACACAAAAUUCUGUAUUCAAAGAACUUGAGAAGAAAUCCAACAUUGAAAAAGUUAUUUAUGAAAUAUCAAAACGGAAAGAUAUAAUAUGGGAACCAAAAUGUUUUUCUAAGAAUGAUAAAGCUGUGUGGACUUUUGGAUUUUUAUCAAAUACUUUCAUCGUAUUGAUAUUUCUUGAAAAUUCUAAUUUAGAAGAUGAAGAGCAUCAGAUCAUUAACAAUAUUGAUUUUGUCUUUAAUAUAACAGAUGGUAUAAACAUUCCACAGCAGUACAUUUAUUUUUUAUUAAAACAAAGAACUGUUACAUAUAAAACCCUGUUUAAAGCUUGCUUUAAGAGUACAAAAGAUUUUCUUAAUUUAUUGGAAUGUUUAUCGACAGAAGUGAGGAGUGUUGAAAAUAUAUUAAAUGAUUUUAAGAGUGUGCGCAGAUAUGGAAUAGGAUUCGAAAAACCAUUUAUAGCGAAAAUAAUAAUUUCUAGCUUACCCUUAUUGUUAGCAUUACGAAUAAAAAUAAAUUUUUUAAAUAUAUAUGAAAUAUCAGACGAUGACAUAACUUUUGAAAAUAUAAAUCCACAUAACUCUUCUAAACAUAUAGACGCUAUCAGAAAAACUAGUGCAGAAACUACAGCAGAAUGA